GUGGACUUGGGUCACUCCUGGGCAGAUGCUGCCGGGCAAUGCUCGUGGGUUGAGAAGACUACGGUGCAAACUCUGCAACAAGGAGUACUCCGGUAAUCGGAAGCGUGCGUGGGAGCACUUCAUUUUGGCGAGGGCAUCUGCCAGGUGUCCACAUUCGAACCUGUCGAUUUGGAGGAGGCUGCAUGGCAUCGGUGUACAACUGCCACCGGACUUGCAUGAGAGGGUGCAGCGCGUGUUGGAGAUGGAGAAGAGCGACGAGGGGGACACUCCUGUUCUGGGUGGAGGAGAAGGGGUCGAAGGCGGGAUCGCUGAGGAUCCCGGGGAGGCACCGGGUGGGGACACCAUGGAGGUUGACAUCGGCGAGGAUGAGGGGACGAGGGGUGUUGUGACAGGCGGCCUUGCUACUGCAGGGAGGGCCAAUUCCUCGCAGGUUGUGGUGCAGGGGGCGCACACACGUGGCCCGACGAGGCAGACGCGCAUCAGGAGGUUUGCGAAGAACCCGAGGCAGGAGGACAUGGAUCACUCCUGCUGCGAGUUCUUCGUGGAGAACACCAUACCGUUCAACGCUGCCAGAAGCAGGAGCUUCAAGAAGUUCAUGUUGACGUGUAUCGGACCACAGCCUGUGGGAUGCGAGGAUGUGAGCGAGGGAGACAAGGACUCUGCAGUUGUCAUUGCUGGGUGGAAGCGGUUCUUCAGAGAGUGGGGGGUGGAGAAGAUUACGGCGAUAUGCACUAACUCUUUCGCCGGGAACACGAGUGCUGCGAGGAUGUUGAGGGAGGAUCCUGAGUUCACGCAGAUCUAUUGGAUCCAUUGCACGGCGCAUUGCAUGGACCUCCUGAUGCACGAUAUAGGCAAGAAGGAGUGGGCGGAUGAGAUCAUCACCAAGGCCAACAAAAUAGUGAACUUCUUCCGGAUUCACAGGUGGCCUCGGUCUCAGUUGAGGACGCAACUGUUGAAGUACCCUGACUUGAAAUGCACCUGCCUCCUUCGGCCUGCUCAGACAAGGUUUGGGACAAACUAUGUGAUGCUGCAGCGACUUGAGGUGUGCGAGAGGGCCAUCGUGCGUAUCAUCACCGGACACGGUUGGGAGACAAUGAUGUGGCAAAGGGAUAUUAGGGUGAAGGCCUACUUCGUGGAGGAGACAGUUCUUGACAAAGCAUUCUGGGCUGAUGUCAAGAAGCUGACUGCUGUCAUGAAGGGGCCUUAUGAUGUGUUGCGAGAGGUGGACAAAGAUGUCCACUGCUUGUCACGCAUCUAUGAUAUGGCGUGUCGGCUGCCUGGCUUUGUUCGCUCGGCCCCCCUCUCCGCGGACCAGCGAGAUGACCUUCUCAGGAAUGUCGGCAACAGGACGGACAUACUGCUCAGCCCCAUCCACGCCGUUGCACGUCUGCUGGAUCCUAUGUUGAAGGACAUUACUGUUUUCAGUAAUGUCGACCUUAUGGCACAGUUCGAGAGCGUUGUGGAGCGGCUGAUCGGGAAGAGUGGGAGCUCGAGAUUUGACGACUGCAUGGACCAGUUGUACGAGUUCCAGUUUGGGAGAGGAACGAAGCCGAGGAACAAGUUGCACCACCAGUGCACCGAGAAAUCGGUGGCCUCGCACUGGAGCUUGAGGCUCAAGAGUAUGGGGCAGGAUGAGGCCACUGUUGCAGGAGGGUGGUUGGGGCUCGCAGCCGACUGGGAGGACGAGGACAUGGAGGGUGACAUGGCAAAUGUCACAGAGGCAGUUGAUGACAUUGAGGCAGCUGGUGAGGGCACUGCUUCUGCGGUGGGCAACACAAACAUUCGCCCCGAUCCCACAGUGCCGUCCACUUCGAGACCGGCGCAGAGGUUAGUGCAGGUGGAAGAGGAGGAUGAGGAUGAGGCCGAUGAGGACGAUGACGACGAUGUCCCCGACGAGGAGUGGGUGGACGAGAGAUCGGACUCGGGCAGAUCGUGGACGAGGAGAGAGGGCAUGGUCCCCUAUAUUGAAGGCACACGAUCUGGAUUCAGGUCCCAGACGCGGGCGCGGCCAGAGGCGCAGCAGGGGGAGCAGCAGCAGCAGCAGGAGCAGGUUGAGGAGCAGCAGGAGCAGGCUGAGCAGCAGCAGGAGGGGGUUGAGCAGCAGCAGCAGCAGCGUGGGCAAGGGGAUGAGGAGCAGAAACAGGAGCAGCAGCAGGAGCAGCAGUGUGGGCAAGGGGAUGAGGAGCAGCAACAGCAGCGAGGGGAUGAGGAGCAUCAGCAGCAUCAGACGGAUGAGGAGCAGCCGCAGCAGAGGGAGAAGGAGCAGCAGCAGCAGAGGGUGGAUCCCGCAGUCCAGCAGGAGACCGCAGUGCAGUCGUCCAGAGAUGUGCACGAGGAGGGUGAGGCAGAGGGCGAGCAGGGUCGCUGCGAGGUGCGAGGAUUUUACGGUUCUUCUCAGCGGUCGCCUCUCGUUGGGCAGCAUGGAGCACAUCCCGGUCGUGUGUGGGAUCCCCUCGCUUAUCGUGCUCCGCGAGGACGAGGGAGGGCGGUUGCUGGACGUGGGAGAGGGCGGACUCAUGUGGUUGCUCAAGGCACCGAUGGGGUUGCACGAGGCUCAGGGUGUCCGAGAGGGCGGCCACGAAAAGAGAAACCACUGGAAGCGGUAGCAACAACAGGACUACCAGCAGCAGAGGAGUCAGAUGAUGACCCCCAUGAGAGUGCACCAUUGCAAAGGAAGAAGAGGAGGACGGAGCCUGCUGCGGAGACGGAGACACACAGCGGGAGUCACUAAGAGAGAGAGAGAGAGAGAGAGAGAGAGAGAGAGAGAGAGAGAGAGAGAGACCCCAUUGUGUUUCACGUUCAUGCUCUCAUUGUGC